AUGUCUGAACAACCCCCCAUCGCCUUUAUCGGCCUCGGCGCCAUGGGCUUCGGCAUGGCCACCCACCUCGUCAAACGCGGCUACCCCGUCACCGGCUUCGACGUUUGGGCCCCGACUCUCGAACGCUUCCAGGCCGCCGGCGGCCACGCCGCCACGACCCCCGCCGCCGCCGUCGCCGACAAGCCUUUCUGCGUCUGCAUGGUCGCCACUGCCCAACAGGCCCAGGCCGUGCUCCUCGAAGGGCCCGACGCAGCCGUGCCAGCUUUACCGCAGGGCGCUGCUUUGCUCCUGUGCUCGACCGUGCCAUGCGAUUACGUCCAGUCGCUCGAGCGGCAGCUUGUCGAGGCCGGUCGCGGAGAUAUUUUGCUGGUGGAUGCGCCUGUGUCGGGGGGUGCCGCACGCGCGGCCGAGGGCACCUUGUCCAUCAUGGCUGGGCUGUCUGAGGCUGCGGAGGCAAAGGCGAAGCCGAUCCUGUUGGAACUAGCCGACCCGGCGAAGCUGUUCAUCGUGCCCGGUGGUGUUGGCGGCGGGAGCAACCUCAAGAUGGUCCACCAGGUGCUAGCGGCGUGCCAGAUCCUGGCCGCAUCCGAGGCGAUGGGCUUCGCACAGGCGCUCGGGCUGGACCUAGCCGUCGCGCAAAAGGCCGUCGAGCAGUCUGACGCGUGGAACUUUAUGUUUGAGCACCGCACACCGCGCAUGCUGACCCAGUUCAAGCCCAUCGCCAGCGCUGUCAACAUCAUCGUCAAGGACACCAAGAUCAUCACCGCCGAGGCCCGCCGCAGCGGGUUCCCUGUGCCCAUGACCACCCGCGCCGAGGAGGGGUACCAGCAGGCCGUCGACAAGGGCUACGGCCUGGACGACGACAGCAGCCUGCUGCGCUUGUACACCGAGGUGCCGCGGGACGGCGCCCAAGAGAGCUCCGCCCAAACGGACGAGGCGAAACUAGCGCUCGUUAUUGACCUGCUCAAGGCCAUCAACCUGUGCGCCGCGGCCGAGUCGCUGUCCUUCUCGAGCGCCGUCGGCCUUGAUCUCGACCAGGUCCUGAACCUGUGUGUUGACGCCGCGGGGGCUAGCAAGGGGCUCAAGGUCCACGGCCCGGGUCUCAUCAGCGCCAUCAACGCCGGUGCCGAGUCGAAGAGCUGGGGCCCCAAGGAGGGCGAGCCGACUGUUGAGGAGUUUGCCAACAAGCUGGGGGCUGCGUUGCUCGAGGCUGGGCGGGUAAAGGUGUCCCUGCCAUUGGGAGCGAAAGCCCUGGAGAUUUUUGGUCAGGCGUCCAAAUUUGGGUCGAACCUCGGCGUGACGUCGAUUGUGAAUGUGUGGCCGAGAAACGUGUUAAGCACUUGCCCCACCUUCCCUUUCUUGAUAUUAAACCCCAUUCGCGACGCUUGCUCAAAUCCCGCGGCCCUUCGCCCCCACUUUAUGACACACGGGCUGCCAACUGCAGACCCAGCGGAGACGGACAAGUGCCACUGGUGCCAGCUCCGGUCCUUCGCUACCCAUAAAACCCUUCCUGUCAGCAUUUUCAACGACUUGAACGAUGAGGUGGUUAACCCCAAGUUCCGAUUCAUCGAAGAAUCCGAGCUCACCCCGGACGUGCCCGUGGCCGAGGACUCGUUCCGCGCCGGCUGUAACUGCACCGACGACAAAGAAUGCAUGUACAGCACCUGCCAAUGUCUCGACGAGAUGGACCCAGACAGCGACGAGGACGAUGACCAGGACUUCACCUCCACAGCAACCAACCGACGGAAACGCUUUGCCUACCACUCCAAGGGCCACCGGGCCGGCCUGCUCCGGCGCAGGAUCCUCAUGAGCCGCGAGCCCAUCUACGAAUGCCACGAAGGCUGCAGCUGCUCGCUAGCCUGCCCCAACCGGGUCGUCCAGCGCGGCCGUACCGUGCCGCUGCAAAUUUUCCGGACUGAAGACCGCGGCUGGGGCGUGCGCAGCGGCCACGACAUCCAGCGGGGCCAGUUUGUCGACCGCUACCUCGGUGAGGUCAUUACGAGCGAGGAGGCCGACCGCCGGCGUGCCGAGUCGACUAUUUCCCGCCGCAAGGACGUCUAUCUCUUUGCCCUAGACAAGUUCUCGGACCCGGACUCGCCGGACCCCCUGCUAGCGGCCGCGGCGUUUGAGGUCGACGGGGAGUGGAAGAGCGGGCCGACCCGGUUCAUCAACCACAGCUGCGAGCCCAACAUGCGUAUAUUUGCGCGUGUUGGCGACCACGCGGACAAGCAUAUUCACGACCUGGCGCUGUUUGCCAUUCGGGAUAUUCCCGCGGGCGAGGAGCUGACGUUCGACUACGUGGAUGGGCAAGGCAGUAUGGACACGGAUGCGGAUGACCCGUCCAAGGUUAAGGAUAUGACGAAGUGCAAAUGUGGUACCAAGAGCUGUAGGGGAUUUUUGUGGUGA